GAUUGCUGUAAGCUAUGAUUCCACAUUUGACCUGACGUCAUUGUUAUUUGUAUAUCAUGUGCCUGCAAGUUGUAACCUCCUUCAUUUGCCGCAUGCUAUGUUACCCUGAUAUAUAUCUCAAAUUAUAUUAAUAUAAAAUAUUAUUUCAUUCCCUCACUGAUGAUUCUUCCCGUGGGGCUGUUUUUUCUUUCAGGCACGGUCGUCUGCUCGUUGGCAGCUGUUUUUUUGACCGUGCUCGUUUUGAGGUUCCGCUUUAAACGAGACCAGAAGCGAGAUGAGCCAGACGCGAAAGUUUCCGUCAGGAAGCAGACGUUCGUCGGCGACCGGUCACUAGCGAAAAAGUUGAAAACUCCCAAGCGAAGGGAAACCGGCCGCUUCGGGGAGCUGGAGAUAUCAAAAAUCAUGGUGUACUACGCUACGGAGUAUGGCAAAACAAAGACGCUAGCAGAGAAGAUAACUUGUUAUGAAUUUGACAACAAGGUAGAUGUGACAGUCUUGGACAUUUCAACAGUGGAACCGGAGGAGUCAUUGAACAGAGAUUCAAACGGAACAAACACAAUGACGCUUUUCUUGUUUCCGACUGUGGCCGAUGGCAAGCCUCCAGUGUCAGGCAUAUGGUUUUGUAAAUGGUUAAAUGAAGCUGCUAACGACUUCAGAGUCGAGAAAGCGGCUUACAGCCAUUUGCAAUACGCUGUUUUUGGAUUGGGCAAUUCUCAGUAUAAAAAUGACUUUAACUUGGUAGCAAAAAAUAUAGAUUCUGAUUUAUUGAACCUUGGUGCCAACAGGGUUUUGCCUGUUAGAUUAGGCGACGAGGACACUUCGGAGAGUUCAUAUGGUGGCAUUGAAAAUGAUUUUAAUGAUUGGUUGAAACGUGUUAAUAAUGCUUUAAAACACACAAAUAUUUCAAUAGAACACCCAGUAGAGAAUGGUAUAAAUUUUGAAAGCAGCGAUGAAGAAGAAGCUAAUGUUGUUGAUGUGGAAGAUUUAGUCAAGCCAAAAUCAAAAAUUACUACAGAUCAAAAAGAGAUGAUAACUGCACCUUUGAGGCAAGUGCUUACAAAGCAAGGGUACAAGCUGAUUGGCUCCCACUCAGGUGUCAAAUUGUGUAGAUGGACAAAGGCGAUGCUCCGUGGAAGGGGUGGUUGUUACAAGCAUACUUUUUACGGUAUUGAAAGCCAUAGAUGCAUGGAAGCAACUCCCAGUUUGGCAUGCGCUAACAAAUGUGUCUUCUGUUGGCGCCAUCACUCUAACCCUGUUGGUACAGAAUGGAAAUGGAAAAUGGACAAUGCAGAAGACAUUUUGAAAGGAGCCCUUGAAAACCAUUAUAACAUGAUUAAAGAAUUUAGAGGAGUACCAGGAGUAAUACCCGAAAGGUACAAAGAAGGCCUGAAAGCCAAACAUUGUGCUCUUUCUCUCGUUGGGGAACCUAUUAUGUACCCUGAAAUCUGCAAAUUUGUCAAACUCCUUCACAGCAAAGAGAUAUCCACUUUCCUUGUAACGAAUGCACAGUUCCCAGAUGCCAUCAAAGCUUUAGACCCUGUCACUCAACUCUACGUCAGUGUCGACGCAAGCACAAAAGAAAGCCUGAAAAAAAUUGAUCGACCUUUGUUCAAAGAUUUUUGGGAAAGAUUUAUAGAAAGCUUGAAGGCUCUCUCCAGCAAAGGUCAACGCACAGUCUAUCGACUCACAUUAGUGAAAGCUUGGAAUUUUGAUGAAAUGAAAGAUUAUGCUUCUCUUGUAUCACUUGGUAAUCCAGACUUCAUAGAAAUAAAAGGUGUUACAUACUGUGGAGGUGGUGAAGCUGGAAAGCCAAAUACGCUUACAAUGGCCAACAUCCCUUGGCACUCAGAGGUCACUUCAUUUGUCAAACAAUUAGUUUCUUUGUUGCCUGAUUAUGAAAUCGCUUCAGAACAUGAACACUCCAACUGCCUUUUAAUAGCCCACAAGAAGUUUAAACUAAAUGGGGAAUGGUACACUUGGAUUGAUUAUGACAAAUUCCAUGAGCUGAUACAGAAAUUUUAUGAGACAGAUGGCAGUAAAACUUUUACAGCACUGGACUAUUUAAAAAAGACCCCUCCAUGGGCAGUUUUUGGUUGUGCGGAACAAGGCUUUGACCCCGUGGAGACACGAUGGCAUAGAAAAAAUAAUACCAAGGAUGUCAGUGGUUGUUAAAAAUUGUAAAUAUUUGAAUUUUUGGAUAUGUAAAU